AGAAGAAAGUGGAAAAAGUCCAACCCCCUCUUAAAAAAAAACAAAAAAAAAAAAAAAACCCAACUAACCCACACACACACACACACACACACACUGCAGCUGCUGCUGCGUUGUCAAAUGGUGUUGUUAAUUUCACAUCUUUUUCCAGGUCUCUCCAACUGCUUCUUCUCCUAUUAAUUAAUUAAUUAAUAAAAAUAAUUAAUAAUGACAACAUCAAACGACGACGUUCCAACCAAUUUCCGGUCACUAGUAGAAUCAGCAGAAAGAAAAUUCGCAAAAGUAAGAGACACAGCAUGGUACGGACGGCAACCAAAUCAUUACUUUCCAAAAGUAUUCAAAUCCUACAUGAAACUAUGGGAAUACCAACAAAAAAACCGGUCAAAGCUAGUCGAAUCGGGUCUACAGAGAUGGGAAAUCGGCGAAAUCGCUUCUCGAAUCGGGCAGUUGUAUUUUGUGCAGUAUAUGAGGACAAGUGAAGCUAGGUUUCUUAUUGAAUCAUAUAUAUUUUAUGAAGCUAUUUUGAAUAGAAAAUAUUUUUCUGAAGAAGGGAAAAUAAGUGGGGGUGUUAAAGAUAGAGGACUUAUAUAUAAAGAGUUGAGAUUUUAUGCAAGGUUUUUGCUUGUUUCUUUGAUUUUAAAUAGAUGGGAAAUGGUUAACCUUUUGCUGGAUCGGUUUUCGGGUUUGCUUCAUGAUUCUAAAUCCAAGUUCCCGGAUACCACCUUUAAGGAAUGGAAGGUCGUGAUGCAAGAAAUGGUGCGGUUUAUGAAAGUUGAUGCAGCAUUUUUAAACACCAGGCCUUUGCGAUACUGUGCUAUGUUCGAUUCUCAUCCAAAGUCACUUCCGUAUGUAGCACGUUUCCAUGCAAAGAAGGUUUUAAAGUUACGAGAUGCGUUGCUGAUGAGCUAUCACCGGAAUGAGGUUAAGUUUGCAGAACUUACGAUUGAUACAUUCAGAAUGCUACAGUGCUUAGAAUGGGAACCAAGUGGAUCCUUCUACCAGAAGCAACCUGUUGAAUCCCAUGAAAAUGGUACCACGACUGAUCAGUCUGCUACUUCAGGGUUGAUUGAUAUAAAUUUAGUUGCAGAUAUGACUGAUCCGUCUUUGCCUCCAAAUCCGAAAAAGGCUAUUCUCUACCGGCCAUCUGCCACACAGUUACUGGCCGUUUUGGCUUCAAUCUGUGAUGAGCUCCCUGCAGAUAGUGUUAUGCUUAUAUAUAUAGCAGCAUCAGGGGAAUCUGGUCAAACAACUGUUCCGCAGAAGCACAUUUCUGGAAGUGUGAGGACAUCAUUGAAGCUAAACACUGUUUAUGAGCAACCAAUAAGUCUUGUUAAUGGCAAAGGAGGCUCCAGUCAUCCUGUUGAAAGCUCUAUCUGGUUAGGGCCAACUAGAAGGGGAGGGUCUAACAACCUUUACCCUGUUGAUCUAAUCCCUUUUACUAGAAGACCCACUUUCUUCAUUAUCGAUAGUGACAACAGCCAUUCAUUCAAGGUUUUACAUGGUGCAGAACGAGGAGAACCAGCUGCCCUGCUUCUUUCACCUUUAAAACCAACAUUCAAGAGUCAAUCGAGUGCUGAUAUAGCACAAAAUGGAAGUCAGUUCACUUUGUUUUUGACUGCUCCAUUGAGGGCAUGCUGGCAAAUGUUUGGCCUUGCAUAUUCUGAUGAUGAAGUGGAUGUGAUGGAAGAUGCCGAAAGCAUUGUUUCAGCCGCUUUUUCAGAGUGGGAAGUAAUACUUUGUUCUUUAACUAGUGUAGAUCUGGUGUGGGCCCAAGUUCUCUCUGAACCUUUGUUGCGACGAAUUAUUCUCAGAUUUAUAUUCUGCCGAUCUGUACUCACUUUCUUCCGCCGUCGAGAAGAGAACGAUCCCUACCUUCCUGUGUGCUUCCCUGAACUUCCAGAUUCUGUCUCACCGAACUCUGAAGUUGUUCAAUCAGCUGUCAUGAGACUUGCAGACCAUCUUAAGGUUUCACAUUGUUUUCGUUUCGACAACUUAUAACCUAUUAUACUAGUUAGGAGCAGAUAUGUACAUUCAUUUUGGCGUCUUAGUAUCCAUGUUUAAACGAGUGAAGAUUUCAGCCAAGGGGGCUGAUUCCGUGGCUGGAUGCAGAAUGCAUAUACCCUAUAGUUUUUAUAGGUUUAUUUUCAUGCUGGUGUAAAGGUUUAAUUGUCUUAUACUUGUUAAGGUAAAAACACAAACUACUGCUAAUGAGUUUUUAUUUUAUAGUUGUACAAUGGAUAGGGAAUUAGGUAGGCAGGGUGUUUUUUACUUUAUUUUUUAUUUUAUAUAUUUUCUUAUUAUUUGGAAAAAGGGGCAGCCAAAGUUACCUUAGAUUAAAAGGUGACUACAUAAUGGACCCAAGGAGUUAUUGUAUUGUCUUACAUUUUAUUUUCAUUGUCUUCUUUUCUAUUUUUAUGUGCUGGAAUGUGUAAUAGCAUGCGUCACUUUUCUUGAAA